ACUCUCUUCAUCAAUCAAAAGUAUCCCAACUCUGCUCGUCUUUCACCAUUACCAUAAUAAUUGAAUAACUGAAUUCCAUCAUUUAAGCCUCUCCAACGGAAAGUAAAGAGACGCCCGCUUCACUUCAUCUUCCCCUAACCUCUCCAAUCCCAUACACACUACAUAGCCUCUCUGCUUUGCUCUCGGUGCGAACCAACGAACCACCACCGCCUGCCUCUGCCGGGAUUGUGGGUGCUCCGAUUGCAGUCAACAGGUAUGUUGACUGAGGGAGGGAGAUAUUAUAGAUGCUGGUUAAUGAUCUGAUCAUGUGGAAUGAUGUGGCAAAAUCAACACUUUGAUUCGGGUUUGGGUGACUUUGUAUCCUGUCAUCCUGUUUCACAACCGGUGUUAGUUUCAGCAUGGUUGCUUUGGUAUCUCAAUUGGGUCUUCUCUGUUUGUGUGUUUUGUUCAUCUCCAACAUGAUUGCGCAAAGGAAUGGGAUUGAAAGCAAGAGAGAACUAAAGCUUAAAGAAGAGGAUAUUCUAAGAGCUGCUAGAGUUAUACUUCCUGCAGUAAAUUUUGCAAUCUCAAAAGCCCGAAAGUUGUUUUCGGGCCAACCAUCCACGACCCUUAAAGUAAAUCCAUAUCCACGACUCUUAAUGCAUUGCUAUAAGAUGUUAAGGAACAUGGUGUAUGCUUUCAGGUUGCACCAUUGUUGCUUCCGAAUAUGGUCAUAUUGCAACAUUCAAGAGGCUUUGUGCACUUGGAUUCUUUAUCGGCUUUACAGGCCCAAAACUGUACUCAUUGUACUCAGACCAAAUAUGCAAGAAAGUAUGGAGUGGUUGUUCUCACAAGAAAAUAGUUGCAGCAUCAGCAGCCACAACCUUUUGGAAUCUUACUUCCAUUAAAACCCGAAUUUUUGCAGCAUUCAUAAGCUUGGUGAUCUUUAGAUGGUGUAGACAAGAGUUGACAUGGUCUAAAGAAGACUCUACAAUUAACUUAAGGUCACUAACACUUGCACGAUGCUUGGGGGUUCGUUUCACCUUAACUCUAGGGGGCUGUCUUAUGUGUAUAGUGUACUUGUGGGUACACCUAUGGGUACCAGACAAUCAUUCUUGACUCACAUUUACAUAUAUGGUCAUUUGGACUUUAGCAAAAUAUUGUAGGCUGUAAUGGGCUAAGUAUUGUUUUCGAUUUGUCUCAUUGGCAAAAAUGAAAAGAAAAAGAGUGGAUUAUUUCAUCUUGAAGAAAACUAAAAGGGGUCAUAUUGUUAGGGUUGUUCACUCUUAGGUCUGGCCAGUUAUGAUGAAAAUCAUGGGCUGAAUUGCUGAUAACGAUUUGGGAAAACGAUAAAAAUUCCUCAUUUGUUAAUUACUUCUAUAAAAAAAAUUUCAUUCAGUUAUUGUUUUAACUGGUUUUUAUAAAAGAUUUAUAAAGUUUGGCUUGUUACAGAAAAACAUUUGAAGUCCUUUUUUAUAAACUUUCUGGCUUUAUAAAUACUCAGUCUUAGACAUAUCUUGUAAGCACCUGGUUAAAUAAACUUCACCUGUUGAAGAUUGCACUAGGAUAAACUGAAGCAUCAUAGUUGGCCUCAUGCUCUGUUGUCAAAAAAAAAUGAAGUAAAUGAUUUAUCAAACUUAUUUGGGCUAGGCUUUAAUACUAUUCUUGGUGCAACUGUACCUGAAAAUAGAUAAUCACUCAAAUGAGGCUUUUUUUUUUUUUUUUUUUUUUUUUUUUAAAUUUAAGGGAUUUAAUCCUGAGCUGCCCCUAAAUUCCGAAAUUAUCAUUUAAUGAUUUAAUGUGAACUCUUGUUAAUUAUCACAACCUUUUUAUGUUAAAUAUUUGGAGCAUCUAAUCACGUGAUUUGGAAUAACAAUUUGCUUUGGUUCUUGCUUCUUAGACCUUUUGACACUACUCCAGAUCCAAAAAUAUUCCAAUCUUGUUUUCUAUAUCCAAAGUGUAUUAAAAUCAUGAGUGUUUUUAUCCAACAGCAAUCAAGUUUUUAGAGUAUUUCGUUAAAAUUGAUCGAA